CUACAAAUCCCAUCAUGCGUCAUGCUGACGACGGAGUGUUGUUACCCCUGCCUGAGUUCAAAACUGACAGAUAUGCUUUAAAAGCGUGUUUCUAAAUACAAGAACAGGGACGUAACGUGAGGGUGUCUGUGGCUUCUUGAAUUACUUUACAGGCACAGGGUGUCUGUCCUUCGUGCGGAGGCGCGCUUUGUGAUUGGAGGAUACGGGGGUCUCCUGAGCGCUGCCCCCUCGCUUCUCCGCGCUCGACUCACACCGAGGAGGGUUCUUGGAGUCGAUGGUUACUGUUUGCUCAGUUUCUCAGUGGAAGUGAUCUUUGUAUUUUCGGCUAUGGUUGUCAGGGAGCUGUGUGUGUUCGUGUUGGUCGCUGUGGCGCACUGGGCGAGUCUCUCCGCCGCCUUCUCGCAGUCGAUGGACAGCGACUUCACAUUCACCCUCCCGGCGGGCCGCAAGGAGUGCUUCUUUCAGACUAUGAAGAAGGACGCCUCGCUGGAGAUAGAGUACCAGGUGCUAGACGGGGCAGGUCUGGAUGUGGAUUUCUAUCUUUCCUCUCCGUCUGGGAAUGUGCUGGCCAGGGAUCACAGGAAGUCAGACGGGGUCCACACGGUGGAGACGGAGGACGGGGAUUACAUGUUCUGUUUCGACAACUCCUUCAGCUCUAUCUCGGAGAAGAUCAUUUUCUUUGAGCUGAUCCUGGACAACAUGGAUGGCGGGGGAGAGGAGGACCCCGAGGACUGGAGGGAGUACGUGCACGGCACUGACCUGCUGGACAUGAAGCUGGAGGACAUCCUGGAUGCGAUGAACAGCGUGAAGGCUCGGCUGGGUAAGAGCGUGCAGAUCCAGACGCUGCUGCGUGCCUUCGAGGCGCGGGACCGCAACCUGCAGGAGAGCAACUCCCAGCGCGUCAACCUGUGGAGCAUCACCAAUCUGCUGGUCAUGGUGCUGGUGUCAGGGGUGCAAGUCUACCUGCUGCGGAGCCUGUUCGAGGACAAGAGGAAGAGCCGCACGUAACGCCAGCCCCCCAACACACACCACCCCACCCGGGAUGGGGACAACCACUUUGUUACUGGAUUUUUUUUUUUUUUUUUUUUAAAAACA